AUGUGCCUCACCCUCGUCCUUGCGGCCCUCGCAGCUGCUGGGAUCGUUGCACAAUUCUGCAUAUUCGCGGAGCGGCGGGCCCUCAAAGACGGCCAUCCCAUCGCAGCGCGCCGCCAAAACGCUGCACAAUGUCGACGCCCGAACGAAGGCAUCCCCGACGCUGCGGAGGCACAUCCCCAGUCCCGAUCCCGGCGCAUAACACUCGGACGCCAUCGCGAGCGCCGCGAAGAAAAGCCCAUGCAACGACUGCACCGUGCCGCUUCAACAGGGGACAAACUCGAGCUCAGAAUCCAGGAGGCCGGCAGUGAACCACCCCACGACACCAAGCACCACUACCCCACCCACCCUGAGUCGCGACUUGCUCAAAAUGAGUGGUCAAAACAGCUGCAACAUGGGGUCAACGAAGCCUGUGAACCACCCGUUCUGGCCGAUCGGCAGCUGGAGAGCUGCUCGGCCAUGACCUCCACACGGUCGAAAUUUAUGAUCGAGCGUCAAAACGAGCAGUUUGAUCAAGCUCGAGAUCAAAACUGCAUGUUUCACUACUCCUCUCCCCCAUUUCUGACGCUUUGCGCAGUGCUAAGUAUCUCAGCCGCGUUUGCUCACGUGCCGUGCCAUCGUGUUGACGGCCGCAUCGUAGUGCAUGCAUCCAGUGGUGAAAGGCUGGACGUCUCAUUGAAUUCCUUGUUGGUUGUAGACUUCGGUCGGGGCUGCGUGCGGGUGGUCGUACGUGUGCGUAUUCAUGAUGACGGGUCUGAAUUCGACGACUCGGUCGCUGCCGCUUUUUCAGACUUUUGUGUUCAGUACGGUGGGUCACGGAGGUGGGUCUUCGAGCUUGAGAGGACCCGGCUACCGUUGUGGAGUGAACUGAUAUGGGAUGGGGUCGCGGAUGGGUCCUGUGUAAUCCUCGAUUCAAACGAUGGACCCCCGAGUCCCGACAUGUACUCAUGGCUAGGGCGAGCAAGAGACGCUUAUGGUGCACGUGGUGACGUGAUCGCGUUCUCAAUCAGUGCGGAACUGGAGAUUCCAAUUUCACCACAAUCGACUUCAUUUGAAAUGCCAUUCGAGGAAACAUUUUUUGCACGUUUUUUUGGUACUCGACCAAAGCUGUUCUCUCCUGUCCCUGCUCGAUGGCGGGAACUGCUCGCAACAACCUCGGGUGCAAGCGUUGGGGAGCAGCUGCCAGGGUCACGAUCAGGCAUAUAUGGCUCANACACUGNGAUACAUGCUCCUAGACAUAUUCCCCUCAGUAAAUUCCCGGCACAGCCGGACAUGUUCAAUCGGUUUGGCAACCUCGUGACAGUUAACACCCAACAUUGCCGUCAUACGGCUGAAAUAACAACAGAGAUUCUACCAACGGCAGAGCGGAGAUAUCGAUGUGCCCGGGCGGGGGUUGGUCGCUUUAAUUACUCCCAGUAUAACUCAGCUAUGAAACUAGAGGUAUGCGUUGUGUUGACCGCAUACAACAAUGCAAAUACACUGAGAAUGUCGCUUCUGUCGAUCUUAGGCCAGUCGCACACAAAUGUGACUGUGGUGGCCGUGGAUGAUGCUUCAAGCGACGGGACUGCGUGCCUUGUGCACGAUGCGAGUGUUAUCCAUUCUCGUGUGAGACCCCUGCUCCUGGAAGCAAGGUCGCCAGGUGGCGUGGGUCACUCAGCAAAUGUCGGCCGGGGGAACUGCCCCAAAUCUGCACGUUACGUGGCAUUCCUAGACGCGGAUGAUGUAAUGGAACCAAAUGCGCUACAGCAGCUCGCUACACUCGCUGCGACCCUUGACCUCGAUGUUGCUAUCGGUGAUUUUGUCCGUGUCACCUCUACAUUCUCUCGGGUUCUCGCGCCAGCGUACGACCGCCACGUCACCAAGACCCUUCCUAGAAACUCUCUCAUGAAUCCUGUAGCAACUCCAGAACUUUUCCGCCUUUCUCCCGUUCCGUGGCGCAAACUUUACGACAUGAGGCUUUUAGAAUCGCAGAAUCUUCGCUUCCCGGAGGGCGAUUUUUUUUUCGAAGAUAAUACUUUCCACUGGGAUGUGCUUCUGCAUGCAAAUCGGGUCGCUUACAUAGACGAGACAAUCAUCAAGCACGUCGUUGGGGGAGAACGUCAAACGACAGCCUACCUGAGCGACUCCGGACACGCAACUGCCCUCUCCGGAUUCUUCGCAAAUUUACGAAUUAUACAAUCGUUGCUCUUGCAACACAAAACAUCGCAUAGAAUCACAACUACUUUCAAAACCGACGCUGUCUCCGAGUUCAUCACCUUCAUGAGCCGGAGCAAAUGGGUCGCAAGAAUGCAACCAACGCUGCUUCUUCGCAAGAAAUUUGGAAGGGUUCUAGUAAGACUCGUCGAAGCCUUCAUUGACAUGUCAAAUUCAAAUUCACUGCGCUACCUUCUCGAGUCAAACAGACUUAUUGAUUUUAGAGCUCGUCCGCCUCCCAAGCCGCAGCUCAGUGUUGUCGUUCCUUGCCGGAACGCCCAUCCGUCUCUUUCACCUCUCCUGGUCAAGCUGCUUGGGGUCAGUGACCGUGACGUUAAUAUUGAGGUCUUCGUAGUUGACGACGGAUUAGAUGUCAACUCACUGGAACUCGUCGCAGCGAUUGCCAAAAGUGCCCUCACGGGCAACGUGUACGUGCUCAAUUCCGCAACUUCAGGCGCUGGCAAAGCAAGGAACAGCGCACUGCCGCUUCUUGAAGGUGACUUCACUCUCUUUGUGGAUGCAGAUGACGACGUCAACAUUGAUGCUCUCAUCGAAGUGCUCAGGUUUACACAAAACAAGCAGGACGGCGAUCUCGUAUUCAUUCCCUAUGAAAUUAACACGCCCGGCGCUGUCAGAGAUAUGUGGCAGUCAGACCGAUCGGCUUUUAUCGAUGUCACCGAAAGUGGUUCUCAGGCUGAUGCCAGUCAAUAUCAACGACGAGCUUUCCUGAAGAGCCUCAGUCUCACAAAUUAUCCUUGGAAUAGAUUCACUCGCACAGAGCUUCUCCACAAUCAUGAUAUCUACUUUGGCUCUACUGCUGUCCAUAAUGAUGUUCGAUUCCAUUGGACUACAAUCGCAGCGGCAAAGGGCAAGAUUGCCUUCUAUGAUGCAGGCAUACCGUUAAUCACCCACGCCAAGGACAUUCAUCCGACGCUCACUUCUAUUGUCGAUGCAACGAGAACGCAGGUCUUCGAUGCACUCGAGGAGACCAGGCGUGCUCUCAAUCCAGACUUCUUUGCCGACGCAGAUGCAACACAAGCCUGGCGCACUUUCACGAUUAAACUUACCAAAUGGGCGGCGCCAAGGAUAAACUUCCGUCUGCACCACAAGGCUCGGAAUCAAUGCAUGCAUGCUUUAGUUUUUGAGUCAGAUACUUUCGAGAACAAACAGCGAGCCCGAACGAUGUGUACUUCCAGCUUCCCAUUUGGCUCUGAAAGCGAUCAAGAGACCUCAUAUGCUGCAAAUCGUGCACUGUAA